GGUUAUGCUGGUGCAGGCGUCGCUGCAGGUGGCCGCCAGCAAAUGCUGUCAUGCCGCUGCCAUGCCAGCCGGCGGCCCGGAGCCGGCCGCUGGUCACGACGUGGUGCCUGAUCAGGCCGAGCCGUUGCUCUCCGCGCGUAGGACUCGCGCUGCUGCUGCCCCUGACCGUCUUGCUAAUCCUGGCCGGCCGCAGUCGCGCGGCUUCCUCGCAGGCCGCGACCCGCUACGCCUCGCGCAUCGUCGAGACGAAGAGCGGACAAAUACGUGGAAUACUUCAGGAAUUGAACAGCCGGCACUUAGACCCCGUGGAGGUGUUCCGCGGGAUACCCUACGCCGCGCCCCCGGUCGGCGACUUGAGGUUUCGACCCCCGAUCUCGCCGAUACCUUGGAACGGCGUCAAGCUGGCGGACACCUUCGGCGCGGUGUGCCCGCAGAAUUAUCCGGACCUCACCAAUAACACCGCCGCGCUCUCGCAGAUGCCGCAGGGCAGGUAUCAGCAGCUCAAGAAGAUGGUCGUCUUCCUGGCGAAUCAGAGCGAGGACUGCCUCUUCCUCAAUCUGUACAUACCCGGAAGCGGAUCUCGAGGACUCGAGGCGCCGUACGCGGUGAUGGUGUACGUACACGGCGAAAGUUUCGAAUGGGGAUCGGGUAACUUGUACGAUGGAUCGGUCCUGGCAAGCGCCGGCCACGUCAUAGUGAUCACGCUCAACUAUCGUCUCGGCAUCUUAGGAUUCUUGAGGACUCGCCCGUUCCCCGACCGAACGAGCGGUUCCGGCGGGAAUUUGGCUUUAAAGGACAUCACGAUGGGGCUCCGCUGGGUGCGUGAAAACAUCGGCGCCUUCGGCGGCGAUCCAACGCGGAUAACUCUAAUGGGCCACGAUACCGGAGCGGCGCUGGUGAAUCUGCUGCUGCUCGCGCCUUACAGCAAAGGAUUAUUUCACCGUGUGGUAUUAUCCAGCGGCUCGGCACUAAGUCCCUGGGCCUCGGUGCACGAUCCGAACGAUCUCAGGACGAAGAUCGGCGAGCAGAUGGGCUGCUCGACCGAGGGUGACGAGGACAUAGCCGACUGCCUCCGUGGAGUACCGCUGAAGACCCUCAUGGACGUGCAAUUACCGGAAAUCAGAUUCGUGCCCCGCGUCGGGCCCGGCCUGCCGGUGGACCAAAACAAUCCCGACGCGGGUCUGGACAUGGAGCGCGCGAGCGACGCGUUCAUCAAGGUGCCGCUGAUCCUGGGCGUCUCGACGACCGAGUCGAAUCUCGACUUCAACAACAACGACAUACAAUUCGGCUUCGAGGAGGACCACCGGAAUCGCAUUCUCCGUACCUUCAUCCGCAACGCUUACGUCUACCAUCUGAACGAGAUCUUCUCGGCGGUGAGAAACGAGUACACGGACUGGGAUAAGCCGGUGCUUCACCCCAUCAUAAUACGGGACUCGACGAUGGAGGCGUUGAGCGAUGGUCACACGGUCGCGCCGCUCAUGAGAAUCGCCUUCUACCACGCCAGGCGGGGCGCCAAGACGUACUUCUAUCACUUCAAUCAUCAGUCCAAGGACAGCGGCUACGUGCAGCGCCUGGGGAGCGUUCGUGGGGAAGACAUACCGUAUAUUUUCGGGCUGCCGUUGGUGGCAGGCGGGGCUUUCUUCCCGCGGAAUUAUUCCCGACAAGACCAGGGCGUUGCGGAGGCCGUACUCACCUUCUUCACCAAUUUCGCCAAGACCGGCAACCCGAACGAACCGCACAAGAUCGAGUCGGUCGACUACGGCACGCCGAAGGAGAAGACGCGAUUCCGCGGUCUCACAUGGGAACAAUAUGAGACAGGAUCUCAGCAGUAUCUCACGAUAGCGUUAAAGCCGAAGAUGAAGAGCCAUUAUCGCGGCCACAAAAUGGCUGUAUGGCUCAAUCUGAUACCGCAGCUCCAUCGUCCUGGCGACGACGACGUCUCCAUGCGGCAUCAUCACUUCCGGGAACGAGGCGAUCAUUAUUACGCAGGACCGGUUCGGGAUGAAUGGUACACGCCACUGCCGCUGACAGGCACGACACGGACGAGCUCCUCCUCGACCACCGCCUGCAGCACGUCCACGGGGGGUGAGGACGGCCUCAUCGAGGACAUUACCCCGAUUCUGGACGAUUCCGAGGACGAUGCCGAGCUGCUGCAGAGACUGGCGUCCCGCCAUUACUACAGCACGACCACUGCCCUGGGCAUCACCGUGGGCGUCGGUUGCAUCCUCCUGGUUCUGAACAUGCUGAUCUUCGCUGGCAUUUAUUACCAGCGGGAUCGCGACAAGAAACGCGCCGCCAUGGAUUGCAGGCCGAACGGACAGGAGUCUCUGCCGAUGACCACUAGAACGUCCAUGAAGUCCUCCGACAAUCCGCGACCCGCUCAAGAGCCACCCCCCUCGUACACGACCCUCGCGAGGAGCCCUUCCAUCCAGGAACAGCAGCAGCUCGUGCAAUCCCAAGACGGCCAGGACAGCGAGCAGCUGAGGAAAGACCCGAGAUCCGGCCACGGGACCAGCGGCAACGCCCACAAGGAAACGAUGCCUCCGAGACCGCCCGCCAGAACUACCAGUUCGCUCACCACUGCCGGCAGCACCAACACCAUCAAGAAACGCGUGCAGAUACAAGAGAUAUCCGUAUAGCAUUAGGGGUUGCCCCCAGAGGGCAACGCACGGACGAAGCGAGUGACCUUCGUGGACGCGGAGAAGGCCACCACGGAGUCCAGAUUUUGAACGAUUUGUCCCCUUGAUCGAUCGCUGGACAGUGCCGUUUAACGGGAAUUUCUUAUCGCGAACGUAACACGAAUUCAACGGACGAAAAGGAUUUGUAAUAGAUAUUUUACAGUGUGCAUUGUGCGUGAAUUGUCGGAUGUGAUAGCCAACGUACAGACCGUACAGUCACGACAAGAGCGUCUUGGCUGUAGCCGUUACUAUUGAAAAUGGCCGAUUAUCGCCGACUGUUACUACUUACGGGUGCCGCGACGUGGCUGUUUAUAACGCGGUCGCGCUACUGAACUGUUAUUACCGCUAGAUUGCGCCCGACUACUACUACUUAGGAAACUUUGUGACCGGUCCUUUCUACUGAUAGAAAUGUAAGAUUGCACGUGGCCGUUAUUUCUAAUAGAGACGUGAAUUGUGUACGUAGUUGCUACUUAUAAAGAGACGGAAUAUUCUCUGUUGUUUUUGAGAAAGUGAUUGCUAAAAGUACUCAUCGUAACUCGUGGCUAUAUUACGUAUGUAUCAGGUGCUCAAAAGAUAUUUUACUCAAAGGACUUUUUUUUCGCAACUGAAGAUAUCGAUACGUUUCCCAGCCGUUCAACUCGUCGGAAUAAAUCCUAAUUCAUUCAGAGACCGUGGCAAAUAGGUGGCCUUAAGUAUCACUACAGUAAUGUAAAGGAAACGUGUUGAUAUUUUCGAUAUCAUAGAAAUGGGCGCCUGACGAGGAAUUAUCAAGACGAAAUUAUAAUGAAAUUCUCGCUGGAAAAAAAAACUCUAAAUUGAAUUCUCUAGUAAAGAGCAAUUAUACGUAUAAGAAAAAAUAUCGUGCGGAUCGACGCGCGGUAAUCUAUACGACGACGACGACAAUGACGAAUCCGAUCUAAGAGAUCUCGAAACGGAAUCGGAAUACCAAAGCCAUGUACACGAUCGCAUUCCACCGUCUCGGCGACUGCUUUGUAAAGCAUCGAUUGGCCCGGAAGAGGCCACUCGAUUCGAAGCGAAUCAAACGGAUCGGACGCGAUAAGCGUCCCGUUAUUUGCGAGCGAAACGAAUACGGUGUGCGAAGGUAUUAUCCGUAAAGUGAAAGUGCACUCGUCGUUUCCGCCCUUCCGCGACACACAGCCAAGCUACAUCCUUCGAAACGUGUAAUUUCGAUCCUGUCGAGGAGAACGGCUUAAUAGCGCUCGCGAGUGCUCGCGAAAGUUUACUCGGGCGGAAAGCGCAAUUCUCCAGCCGCGUUACCUGUCGUGCAAGUGCACAAUCACGAGCGCGGCAACUCGACGGAGCAAAAGCCGUGAAACGGCAUCGGGGACUACGACCGAAGUCGGGCGCGACGACUUUCGAGAGGGCCGACUCGAUCUUCCGCUGAGUGUUCUUCUCGUAGAGAAUAUAGUCCGACAGUCAUAAGUAUCGUACCGCCACAAAAUCGCGGCUAGAACUCCUUAUCGUGAUGACAUAUACACGCUCCGCCGUAAAACCAUUUCCUCUCUCGCAACCCUCGUGACUUCGAUUUGCGACUGCCAACGCAUCUUGUAUAUUCUCCUUUACUUUGACAUGCAAAGUACAAGUACUGGACAGUAUUAACAUCAAGGGAAAAAAAGUUAAAUAUCGAUAUAUUGAACACAUGUCUAUAUUUUUAAUUAAAAUGCAUUUGAAUUAAUUAAUACUAUAUUACAGAAUUAAAUGGAUAGCGGCGUAAUUUUUAAUUUUAAGUAAAUUUACUUAUGUGUGUGAAAAGAUAAAAAUAAACUUGCUUGAUGACCCUUUUGAUUCUUUGAAGCUAAAAUUCGUGGAAUACAUAAUUUCUUAGUACGCGGCCUUUCUAAAUUGAGAUCAUCGCCCAGAUCAAAUAUCUGCUCAAAAAAUGUAACGAUAAAAAAAAAAGUAAAUUUCUCUUAAAAUAGAAUUAAAACUGUCGACUUGUAUAGAACUUUCUCUUCCUCUCUCUCUCUCUUUCACGACCAAAUAUCCUAAGACGUGAUCGCGCUCGUGUUUGCAGAGAUACAUUUUGUCUUUGUAGAGAGUUCUUAAUCCCGUAUUAAUAUUCAUGACCUGAGAUCGCUGAGACCACUAGACUCCACGCAGAUACUAAGUUUUGAAAGUCAUCCCAGUUAUUGUAUAUGCAACUAAAUCGGUCCGCGCGCGAAAAUGAAAUGCGCUUCUCAGGAUAUAAUGGCAUGCGAUGAAUUGCGAUAAUAUUCAACAUAACGAAGAUCAAGCACAGCAAUAUGAAAAGCGGGAAACAUUACAAACACGAUCACUAAUAGGUUUUUACAUGCUAAAGACGUUUCUAUCGCGUUUAUAUCUUGAUUCUUGAAAUUGUGGUAAGAUUGUAAACCUGAAAUUUAUUCGUACAUAACGAUAACAGGUAAUAUUUACGAGAACUGAAAUUUUCUAACAACAUUUAACUUGUUAUCAUUAGAAGAAGAAACCUCUUUUUCCAUCUAGACUGAGUUUCAAAAUCAUUGAAUAUUGAGAGACUGUCUAAAGAAGUAAGAUUCAUCCAAUUGAUUACAUACGACUCCUCGGCACAUGAAACUAUACAUAUGUAUCAAUACGAUUAAGAACGUAAAGCUGUAAUUAAGUACCAUGUAGCGUAAUAUGCACAGGCUCGGUGUCGCGUAAAAUCGUAUUGCCGACUACUAGUUUUUAAGUACGUACAUACGUCAUUACGUGUAAUUUUUCAAAGUAACUGUUCGCGGAUGAUAUGACUCUUUAACACGUUGUGAUACUUGCGUGAAGGUAGUAUGUAUUGACGCACGUAAAACGACAGUAAAAAAAUUUAAAUACGUGUUAUAGUCUAGAGAAACCAAUUUGUAAAUUUCACUGUACAACAAUAAAUGCCAAUUUAUAAAAA